GGAUCACCUCCUUCUGAGAUCCUGCAGAUUGAUUUUGAAAUCGAAGAUCUGAGUGAAUUGCCGGGGACCCAGCUAAUUACAUGGCAAGUGGAAUAUCCCGGAGACCGGACAUCUGAUCUCGGCAUUUCCAAGAUAUACGUAAGCCAGAAGGAGCUGAUUGGCGUUCUUCCUUUGGCAAUGGAAGCAGAGAUCCUGAACACUGCGAUCCUGACCGGAAAGACAGUUGCCGUCCCUGUUAAAGUGGUCUCUGUGGAGGAUGAUGGAACAGUCACUGACCUUCUAGAAUCUGUUGAGUGCAGGUCCUCUGAUGAAGAUGUGAUUAAGGUCUCUGAAAGAUGUGACUAUGUCUUUGUCAAUGGGAAGGAGAUGAAAGGCAAGACGAACGUCUUGGUCCACUUCAUGUACCAGCACCUGAGUGCUCCCCUGGAAAUGACCGUGUGGGUACCUCGACUCCCUUUACAGAUCGAGGUUUCCGACACGGAGUUAAAUCAGAUCAAAGGGUGGAGGAUUCCGAUCAUCUCAAACAAGAGACCAGCUCGGGAUAGCGACGACGAAGAGGAUGAUGAGCGGAAGGGAAGAGGCUGUACUCUCCAGUACCAGCACGCCAUGGUCCGGGUGCUCACCCAGUUUGUGGCCGAGCCCUCAGAUCCGGGAGGGCAAACGGCUUUCUUGCUGGGCUCGGAUUGGCAGGUGGAUAUCACCGAGCUGGUGAGCGAUUUCAUUCAGGUGGAAGAGCCGAGAAUUGCGAAGCUCCGAGAAGGACAGGUGUUGGUUGGUCAGGAGCUGGGAAUGACCACUAUUCAGAUUCUUUCCCCACUUUCUGAUGCCAUCUUGGCAGAGAAGACCGUGACUGUACUUGACGAAAAAGUGACCAUCACUGAUCUGGGGGUCCAACUCGUGACUGGACUUUCACUUUCCUUACAGCUCAGUCCAGGAAGCAAUAAAGCCAUUUUUGCUACAGCGGUAGCCCAGGAAAUCCUACAGACCCCUAAACAGGAAGCGGCCAUUAGUUGCUGGAUCCAGUUCAGCGAUGGAGCCGUCAUGCCCUUGGACAUUUACGAUGUCAAGGAUUUCUCUUUGGUAGCCACGUCUCUGGAUGAAAAAGUGGUCUCUGUUCACCAGAGCCCCAAAUUUAAGUGGCCCCUCGUUACCGCCGAGUCAGAAGGCCAAGGGCUGUUGAUGAGAGUGGAGAUGGUCAUCAGCGAAUCCUGCCAGAAGUCCAAGCGGAAGAGUGUCAUGGCUGUCGGGAAUGGGAAUAUCAAGGUUAAGUUUGGGCAGAACGACGCCAACCCCAAUACCAGUGACAGCAAGUGGGGCGGGGUGCAUCUGGAGAACCACACCAGCAGCCGGCGUCAGAAGAUGACUCUGCAGGAAAGGUCACGUCAGGAGGGACCUUAUUACAGCUCGUCCAUGGGUCAAGAAGAAGCUAGAGGGACCACCACUCAGAAGUCCAUUUUGAGUAAGAAAGAAGACCGCGAGAGUCUUCUGGACAAUGACAGCCAUAUGGCAAACAUCCCGAUAGAUUUCACCAGUUUCCCAGCCCAGGUGGACCUCCCGAGGAGUGAUGGAGAUGUAGAAGAGAAUGACCUCGUGGAGACCCCAAGAGGUCUCAGCGACCUGGAGAUUGGGAUGUAUGCACUGUUGGGUGUCUUCUGCUUGGCCAUUCUUGUCUUCCUCAUCAACUGCGUCACCUUUGCUUUGAAGUACCGCCAUAAGCAGGGUCCUUUUGAAGAGCAAGAAGGUCUGAGCCAUUCCCACGACUGGGUCGGGCUCAGCAAUAGGACAGAGUUACUGGAGAACCACCUCAAUUUCUCCGCUCAGCAAGAGGAGUGCAUCACAGCCAUCGAUCGAGGCAUGGACCUAGAAGAGAGCAAGUAUCUCCUCGACACCAGCGCUCACAAGAACCUCAACGGCCAAGUCUUCCGGGCCUCGGAUUCGUCCGCCACUUUCCCCGAAGGGAAGGAACAGAAGAGCGAGCCGACCGCCUCGCCCACCUCCAAACGGAAAAGAGUCACAUUUACGACGUUCACCACCAUCUCUUCAGAUGGUGGUUGCCCUACUGUCAACUCCAUCUUAAGCAGCAAUGAGGACGAUAUCAAAUGGGUUUGUCAGGACAUGGACCUGGGGGAAUGUAAAGAGUUAAGGAACUAUAUGGAACGGUUACACGAAAACGCAUAACAAAAAAAAAA